CUUCCCUUGCUCUGCUGCGUUUCUUCCUCCUCCAAAAGAGAGAAGGGAAAAAAAAAAAAAAACCAGAAACUCCACCGCACAGAGGCAGAGAGUGUUGGGAUGAGAGGGUUACGAAGAUUGGUUGGACAAAGUCUUUCAUCUCACAGAGGAUGCGAAGCUUCUGGACAAUUUCAUGGCUUCCGAUUCAUCUCUCGCCGGGCCUAUUUACUAUCUGCUUAUUCACCUGCCACGACGUCGUAUCAGGGUCGGCAUAACUCCCCCUUUUCGUCUUCUGAAUCUCCCUUCACUUCUAUGAAAUGGGGCUUUCUCGGUGGGCAGAAGAGAAGCAUGUUUAUUCAAACUCAAUCCACACCCAACCCUGCAUCUCUUAUGUUUUAUCCUGGGAAGCCUGUUAUGGAAGUUGGCAGUGCGGACUUUCCGAAUGCCCGUUCGGCCAUGAAUUCAACACUGGCCAAAGCCCUUUAUGGAAUUGAUGGUCAAAAGUGUAGAGCAAGAACACGAUGCUGAUGAUGAAGGAGCAGCACUAACGGGUCAGAUGGAAUAGAAACAUAUAAUUCUGUGCAAAACAGGCGUAUUAUAUAAAGGUGAGCUCAAGAGGUAUUUGGGGUGUGCAAUUCCUGUACAGGAGCAAAUAAAGUUAUUAUAGUUAAUUUAUUAAAUGGUAGAGCAUUAUGGAGUUAUUGGUGUAGGUAGUUGCAUCAUAAGAAUUUUGAGCUUGUAAGAACACUGUAUAACAAGGGGAAGGACGAUUGAUUUACUGUUACCACUUCAAUUUUUUUGUUCAUUAGAAGUCUACUUAAUAUUCACAUUGUCCCUGUACUGCUAGUUAUUUAUUUGUUUUCCUAUAUUGUUGCGUUGCACCAUGCUGGUCUGUUGUUAUGAGAUGAACUAUUGAAUCAUUUUUUAUU